UCCCCGCCCCUGUCAUCAGCCCUGGGAGACCCUGGGGUGAGAAGAGCACACUGCGCCUGUCCUGACUUUCUGACUUCCGGGUCUCAGCGAGACGGGGGACCUAGUGUGAGGAGCCGGGCCUCAAACUCGGGGAGGACAGAGCCCCAGUCCUACCGGGAGUCAGGGGCUCCAGGAACCAGGAGGCAAAGGCAGAGGUCUUAGGCCUGUGUCCAGAGGUUCAAGAGCAGAGGAAGUCUAGACAGUACCAGGAGUCAAGGUAUCGUGCUCAUGAUCGAGAUGAGUGAGCUGAGCAAGCCCAAGGAAGAUCUUCAGGACCUAGGCGAGGCCCAGGGCCCGGAGGAGUCACAGCUCUUGGGGGCUGAGGAGGGGGAGGCUGCAUCCCUCUCAGCCUCCUCCCCCCCAGUCUCCUCAUCAGCCCCUGUGGAGGCCUUGCCCCAGGAAGCUCUGAAUAAAAUGGUGACUAACAUGGUGAAGUUCCUGCUCCACAAAUAUCGAGCCAAGGAGCCAACCUCCUAUGCCGAAUUGCUGAAUACACUCCUCAUGGAUAAUCCGGACCACUACCCGGUGGUCUUCUGCCAAGCGAUUGAGUGCAUUCUGCUGGUGUUUGGUGUGGAUGUGAAGGAGGUAGACCCCAGAAGGCACAUAUACAUCAUGGUCCCCAACCUGGGCCUCACCUGUGAUGCAAUGCAGAGAGGUGGGCAGGGCCUGCCCAAGGCUGGCCUCCUGGUGGUGGUCCUCACCCUGAUCCUCCAGAAUAGAGAUCACAGCCCUGAGGAGGAGAUCUGGGAAGCGCUCAACAAGAUGGGGCUGUAUGUUGGGAGGGAGCACUCCAUCUUUGGUGAGCCCAGGGAGCUGCUAACCCAAGUGUGGGUGCGAGAGGGGUACCUGAAGUACCGUCAGGUGUCUGACAGCGACCCUGCUCGCUACGAGUUCCUGUGGGGUCCCCGGGCCUUUCUGGAGACCAGCAAGGAAAAAUUCACGGAGUAUCUGCUCAGGGUCAACCGAAGGGCUUUUAGGUCCUUCCCACUCCCUUCUGCAGAGGCUAUGAGGGAGGAGGAAGAGGGGGCCCUGAGCCAGAGCAGCAGUCAGGCUGAUCUUUCCCUCUGUGAUUGAAGAGGGAGUGGUGAGCCUUCUCAGUAGUGAGGGCCUGGGCCACUUGGGGGAACCCAGUGUGUAGCUUCUUUGUGUUCCUUUUCUCUCUGAUGACAUGGAGAUUCAUCUCUGUUUUCUUUAGGAAUUUUUCAAAUGUGUAUUUCAGCUUAAGGCUUAAUAAACUUCAGUAUCUAACUUUGUGAAUGCCAUUGAUCACACAUGUAUUUGUACUUAACUAGUUUAAGCACAAGAGUUUUGCUUUUUUUUAAAAGAGAUUGGGAACUCUCCCAUUUUAUUUUGUGUCCCUGAACAUGGUAACAUGAUAUUGGUUUUAUAACUAUUUUGGAAAUGUGAACUUACU